AUGCCAAGAACAAGAUCGGCCGUGAAUCGUCGCACCUCCACAACAAAGAAGGUCGAGACAAAACCACCACCAAAGGUCCCAAAACCAUCACGCGAGCAAACGGCCAAAGUUGUAAAAAAAUCCCGCCCUAAGAAAGGAAAUGAGACAAGUGAUGAAAAUACGGCGCCCAUUAUAAGCGUUGGAUCCAGAGUUCCAUUGACCGAUGACUUUGGGGGAGCACUCUAUCUUCACGAUGGAACCAAAACCUCGCUGAAACAGCUCGUGGAGGACAGCAUUAACGGGAUUAUUGUUUUUGUAUACCCGAAGCCUCUAGAUGAGGAUGACGACCUUUGCGGUGAGUUUGACCAUGCUCAGCUGGACUGGGAUCCGGCAGAAAUGAACACCAUAGGCAUCUCACGAGAUUCUGUAUCAUCACUUGCUGCGUUUGUGGCAAAGGAUGAAGGCCCGAUACAGUUUGUUAGUAAUUUAGACGGAUCUUUGAUGAAGGCCAUGUCGAUUACUUCGCCUAAGGGUGUUAUCAAACAGGGAGGCUUUAUUAUAUUGAAAUCAGGAAUUCUACUAGCACGCGCAAUUGGAAAGACAGAUAAAAUUAUGGAUGGUAUAUGCAGGGUCUUGUUUCCUUGGAUGGAGGAAAAUAUCGAGGAAAUGAGCCAGUAG